UUCUCUAUAACGCCCGUAAUGUCCCAAUCACAAACUGAAAAAUCAUUUGCUGGUUUUAUGUAAUACAUGUACAGUUGAAGUCAAAAAGUAAGAUAUCAAUCGGAGUUUUAUUUGACGUCAACAACGCACCCCUAUGCAAGUAUAAAAAGGAGUGGAAAAUGAGGUUAAAGUAACAGAGUUUCGACGGAUUCAGCCGGAGACUUGCCGUAAUGCUUGAAAUAUCCCAUGGUACAAAUUGACGUUUGGGUCCGUAGGGAAAAUUUAAAUCACGAUGCUUCAGCGAUGCUCAAUCUUGGUCUUCUUUCCUUUUUUCCGCGCCAUAUACGCGAGGCUUAACCCUAGAUGGAGUUGGACGAGGAUUUGAGAGAAAUUCUCAAUGAAUUCGAACAGUGGAAACAGGUCGGCGCCAAAACAGCGGAAAAACUCAGGGCAAAAGAGAAAUUGGUUUCCUCGAUGGAAAGCAAGGUGAAGUUUUACCAAAAUGAAAUUUCCUAUUUGAAAACUCAAAUCGAGAAAAAAGACGAGCAUUUGGAACAAUAUCGAAAUAUUGUACAACAUUUCAACAGCAUAGAUGAUAAAUACUCGGCCCUUUUAAAAGAAAAGGAGGCUCUAGAUUCAGAAAUUGCAAAAAUUAAAAAGGAGAGGGAAUGUGAUUUAAAUGCCUGGAAUUUGGAAAAACAAUCUUUUCUAAAAGCUGGUCCAACAACAGUUUUUUCAGACAAAACUCUAACUAAGCAAGUUGAAGAGUUGAAGGCUGAACUGCAUAAGGUUAAAGAAGAAAGCAAAGCUCGUUUCAAUUAUGAACAGCAUCAGCAUCGUAACGAUGUGAACUAUUACAAGCAAGCUUUAUCUACUAACUCAGAAAAAUACGAAAAAACUAUUGGAAAAUUAAAUGAAGAUUUAGCAGCAGCACAGUUAGAAAUUAAAAAUUUGCAGCAGAAUGGAAGCAAUAAGGCCAUGAAAUCCAGCCAGUGUCAUACUGUCCCAGUCCCGGUGGUCACAAUUCAAUCGAUCGGUGUCUCAUCGACAUCUGAAAUUGCCUCGUCUAUUUCCAAACAGGUCGAGAUCCAUAAACAGGUACAGAAAGAAAGAGUGAAAUUCCCUUCGGUCAAGAAAAGGAAGCUGUUUAACCCAAAAGAGGAUGUGUUAAUUUUAAAUUAAAGGGAGUACAAUCUUUUUCUAAUUGAAACACACAAGUUAAAAACUUAAUAUAUAAUUGCGUAUUCUUAAAAUAUGUAGUACAAAAAUUAUUACAAACACACAAAAAAAAAAAAAA